AUGGAGAGAUUGCGGGCGGCUGAGCGUGCCCGACAUUUGGCUGAGGAUCGAUGCCAUGCCCAAGAUAGAGGCCCCAAGGGGCGGCUGCGCCCCUGGCUGAUCUUGCUGGCAGUCCUGCAGGUGGUCUUGCUCCUGGGCCCCGCCCGGUAUCCAGCGCCGCAGGUCCAGAAGGACGCUCCGAUGGACCUGGACGCCAACUUCAGCUGUGAGGUCGCGGACGCCGCCAAAGAGGCAGCAGAGCUGAAGAGGCGGCACGACCAACUCCAGGCGGCCUUCAGCCACUCCUUGGAGGCCGCCAGCAGCUGGGUCGGCUUCCUACAGCGUGCGCGCGCUUCGGAGGACACUCACGCGCAAUGCGUGGAGGCGGCCCGGCCGGGCCAGGCCGCCCUCCAGGCGCUGUUGCUCGAAAUCGAUGGCUGGUGA